ACCUUCCCAAGAUGGCAGCACGCCUGCAGAAUUCGUGUACGCUGAGGACGUAACGACGUAACAGCCGGGUGUCUCUGUCUGCCCUUGUACACUGCAGGAAAAUGGGUUACUGGGACAUCCCGGACGGGACAGACUGUGUGGAGAAGACAUGGUUAGCCACGAAAAUUGCGGUAGUUGUGGGUCUGGUUGGGUCUGCAUUUCACACAGUCGCAAUUCCGCCUAAAACGCUAAUGGAGGGUGUUCAGCGAGCAGGAGGAGCAACGCUAACCAUGGCCUCACUUGCUGCAGUCUUUGGCAUCACCACCUGUGUAACAGCCCAGAUUAGGGAGAAGCCAGAUGACUUGGGCAACUAUUUUGUAGGGGGCUGUGUCUCUGGUGCUUUACUCGGGGUCAAAGCUCACAGCUACGCAACUGCGACCUCUGCAUGUAUCACGUUUGGCGCCUUGGCUGCUCUUGCCAAGAUCAAAAGAGAUGGCUGGGAAUUUAUUCCAUCUGAACCGAAACUCUGAAGCUUUCUAUCUGUUUGUGAAAUUAUUACUAAAAAAUAAAUUAUGUAUAUGAUUGUA